AAUCAUAGUUGACGGUUCGCUCAGAGAAUUGGCAGUUUUUUAGGGGAAAGUUAAGCCCGCGUUCAAAAACGACAGAGACAUUUAUAUUAUCCUGACACUCGAAAUCUUGGAGAAAAAAAAUGCAGCAGCCAACUUCUAGGCUGCAUAAUCUAAUGGCCAAAUAUAGGGUAAAACCUAGCUAUGAACUGAUAUCCAGUGAAAAUGGUCAAGGCUUUAACAAAUUUGUUAUGCGAAUCAUUUGCCCAAUUUCACGGGACGGUUUGACACUGACAGCCGAGGGUUGUUACGGCCUAUCCAAAAAAGAAGCCAAAUGCAAUGCCGCUGAAGCUUUUAUGGAAAAGUAUUUGAAUGCAAACUAUAAAACAUUCGCAAGAACACAGGAAUAUGCAACGUGCGUGAUUAAUAUCGAUCCAGUUAACAGACAUCUCGUCCUACAGAAUCUUUGCUCACUAAAUAACUUGGGUCAGCCUAAAUACGCAGACAUGUCUGUGGACUCUCUGCAUUCAACAGUUUUUAAGGUAGAGUGCAAAGUUUUUUAUCUAUGUGCUGUAGGUCAAGGUCGAAGUAAAGAUGCAGCCAGGUUAGAGGCUACUACAAGGAUGAUAAAAAUUCUUAUGGAGGCAGCGUCUAUUUGUGAGAUCUUUGAAUCGUCAGAGUCGAUGAUAUCGUCGCACAGCAAUGACAUCGUUUGUUUGAGCGAUAAUUUGCGAGGACCGCAGCUUUCGGUUCCCAUUUGUGUAUUUGGUAAACGAAAAUUAAGUAACGUAUUGACGGAAGUGUGUGCUGUCGACGAUGCAUCUAUGAAGUCAGGUUCCAAAACCUCUGUUGAUUCAAAUUUGGGGAACAAACUUUACGGAUUAUUCAAAUACAGGAAUAAAAUAAGAGAACGUGAACAAGAUUCUGCUGAUGCAGCAGCAAGCGUUGAACCGACAACCUUUGCAGAUAAAUUUCAAAAUAAAGCUUCGAUCGGUAAAGAGAGUGGUGAAACUUGCAACUAUGCGUUGGAUUCUACAGAUGACAGAAUUAAUAAUUCAAAUUUAGAUCCAUCAUGCCAGACUUUAACUGGUCUACAGGUAAAUACCAAAGUAAGACGGACCUUGGAAAAUGUCGAGAAACAACUGCACAAUGAGAUCAUAGAUAUUCUUAAGUAUAGUAAUUUGCCAGGGCAAAGAAUCGUCAAGAUGUUCAAUAGCGAAUUCAAGGUUUUUAUUAGUCGCGGUACUAGUGCCCUAAUAUAUCAGGGCAUCAACGACUGUACCGAUACAAGCACUAGAAUCGCAUGUCUGGCAAAACUUCUACUCGAUUUGAAAGAGUACAUCAAUGAGAAGAAGUGAAAAAGUUGGUAAAUAACUGUCAACAUAAUAUUUCAGAUUUAUUUUAA